AUGACGCGAGUCAAUAGGAAAAGCAAAGGAGCAGCUUGGUUUGUUUCAAACUGUAUGACGAGUAGUAAAAGGGAGCUGUACGUCAAUCAGCUAAAGAAAUAUUUUCCUAUCGAUAUAUACGGUGAUUGUGGUGAACUGAAAUGCCCACCAAGAGGAAAAUGCAUAAAUGACUUAAAUGAGGAGUACCACUUCUAUAUCGCUUUUGAGAAUUCAAUUUGCAAGGACUAUGUCACAGAGAAACUAUGGAAUCAGGGUUAUCAAUAUGAUAUUGUGCCUAUCGUGCUUAAGAGAACACUUGUAGAGAAACUUGCGCCUCCAAACUCAUUCAUCGCUGCCGAUGAUUUUGAAACUACAAAAGAUCUUGCUGAUCACCUGCAUUAUCUCAUGAGGAACAAAACUGCCUACGCGGAAUAUUUCAACUGGCGACAAGACUACAAAGUAGUAUUUCUUGAUGGCGGUAUCCAUGACUCACUAGAAAGGCCAUGGGGAUUCUGCCAAGUGCGUUGA